CGUGUGGUAAACAAGCAUGGACGCCUCGGACGGAUGGGCCGAUGUGGCCAAAAGUCCCACUUUGAAGAACCUGACGGACGGACGCUUCGGCGAGCUCAAGGCCAGCCAGUGUCAAGCCGUGCAGGAUUUGGUCAAAACUCACAUUGACUCUUUCGACCAGGCCGUCGGCGAAGGAUUAAGCCGCGUCGUGCAGGCCAUCCCGCCGCUGGAGUUCUCGGCGAAGGGCGAGCGCAUCAGCCUGGCGUUCGUGGAGGCCGCCGUGUACCCGCCCGCGGUCUCCAAGGGCAACGUGUGCCGCGAGAUGAGGGUCUUCCCGGCCGAGUGUCGCGCCAGGCGCUGCACGUACAGGGGCAAGAUGGUGGCGGACGUGAGCUGGGCGGUGGACGGCGUCCCCAAAGGGAUCAUCAAGCAGUCGCUCGGACAACUUCCCGUCAUGGUCAAGUCCCGGCUGUGCAACCUGCGCGGGAUGACGCCGCGGGAGCUCGUGCGGCACCGCGAGGAGGCCGAGGAAAUGGGCGGCUACUUCAUCGUGAACGGCAUGGAGAAGGUGAUCCGCAUGCUGGUCAUGCCGCGGAGGAACUACCCCAUCGCCAUGUCUCGACCCAAAUGGAAGAGCAGAGGCCAGGGCUACACGCAGUAUGGUGUGUCCAUUCGCUGCGUGAAGGAGGAUCACACGGCGGUGAACAUGAACCUUCACUACCUGGACAACGGAACCGUCAUGCUCAACUUCAUCUACAAGAAGGAACUUUUCUUUCUUCCGCUUGGCUUCGCGCUUAAGGCUAUGGUGGAUCUGAGCGACUUCGAGAUGUUCUCUGAGCUGAUCAAAGGCGCGGAGGAGAACUCGCUGUUCCGCAGCUGCGCGUGCGAGAUGCUGCGCUUGGUGUCCGAGCACGGCUGCACGUCGCGCGCCCAAGUCCUGGACUACCUGGGCCGGCGCUUCCGCGUUAAGAUGCACCUGCCCGAGUGGUACACCGACCGGGAGUGCGCCGACUUCCUGCUGGACGAGUGCGUCUGCAUCCACCUGAGGACGGGCCUGGAGAAGUUCCGACUGCUGUGCCUGAUGACCCGCAAGCUGUUCAGCUUCGCCAAGCAGGAGAGCCUGGAGGAGAACCCGGACGGCGUGGGCUGCCAGGAGGUCCUCACGCCGGGUCAGCUCUACCUCAUGUUUCUCAAGGAGAGGAUGUCGGCGUGGCUCGUGUCCAUCAAGUUGGUGUUCGAAAAGCGAGCAAGUCGCCUAAGGGGCGGCUGGACGUCGGUAAACAUCAUGAAGAUGUUCAACCUGGGCAACGACCUCACCAAAUACUUCGAAUACCUGCUGGCCACCGGGAACCUCAGCUCCAAAUCCGGUCUGGGCAUGCUGCAGAGCACGGGUCUGUGCGUGGUGGCCGACAAGCUCAACUUCAUCCGCUACCUGUCGCACUUCCGCUGCGUGCACCGCGGCGCCGCCUUCGCCAAGAUGCGCACCACGUCUGUGCGCAAGCUGCUGCCCGAGUCGUGGGGCUUCCUGUGCCCGGUGCACACGCCCGACGGCGAACCCUGCGGCCUCAUGAACCACAUGACGGCCAGCUGCCAGGUGGUCACGCGCUGGCUGCCCACCGUGACGCUGCCCGCCCUGCUCUGCUCGCUGGGCGUCGCCCCCGCCGACGCCGCGCCCGCCCGGCCCUACGCCGACUGCUACCCCGUCCUCCUGGAUGGCGCCGUGGUGGGCUGGGUGGAGGCCCAGGUGGCACCCGGGCUGGUGGACUCGCUGCGGAGGUUCAAGGUUCUGCAGGAGAAGAAGGUCCCUCCUUGGACCGAGAUCGUCCUGGUGCCCAAGACGGGCAAAGCCAGUUUGUACCCAGGCGUUUUCCUGUUCACCACGCCGUGCCGCUUGGUGCGCCCCGUGCGCAACCUGGCGCUGGGCGCGCUGGAGCUAUUGGGAACUUUGGAGCAAAUGUACGCCGAGGUGGCCGUGACAGAGGCCGAGGUGCGGCCGGGCGUCAGCACCCACCGGGAGCUUUUCCCGCACAGUAUGCUCAGCGUGGUGGCCAAUUUCAUACCCUACUCGGACCACAAUCAGAGCCCCAGGAACAUGUACCAGUGCCAGAUGGGUAAGCAGACGAUGGGCUUCCCUCUCCACGCCUUCCUGGAGCGCUCGGACAACAAACUCUACCGGCUGCAGACCCCCCAGACCGCCCUGGUGCGGCCGGCCAUGUACGACCGCUACCGGCUGGACGACUACCCGAGCGGCACCAACGCCGUGGUGGCCGUCAUCUCCUACACCGGCUACGACAUGGAGGACGCCAUGAUCGUGAACAAGUCGUCGUGGGAGCGCGGCUUCGCUCACGGCUGCAUCUACAAGACGGAAAUGGUGGACCUGGCCCUCAGGGCGCGGGGCCAGGACGGCGUGGUGUUCGGGGCCAAGCCGGGUGACCCCAAGGUCAACGGGCGACUGGACCCCGACGGACUUCCUCCGGUGGGCGCCGUGCUGCGCUACGGCGACCCGUACUACAGCUACCAGAACCUGAACACCGGCCAGGCCUUCGUCACCUUCUACAAGAGCCACGAGGCGUGCGUGGUGGACAACGUCAAGAUCUGCGGCAACGACGGCGGCACGGGCUCCUUCAAGCGCGUCUGCAUCACUGUGCGAGUGCCGCGCAACCCCACCGUCGGCGACAAGUUCGCCAGCCGCCACGGCCAGAAGGGCAUCCUGAGCCGCCUGUGGCCCGCCGAGGACAUGCCGUUCAGCGAGAGCGGCGUCAGUCCCGACAUCCUGUUCAACCCGCACGGCUUCCCGUCGCGCAUGACCAUCGGCAUGCUCAUCGAGAGCAUGGCGGGCAAGUCGGGCGCCCUGCACGGCCUGAGCCACGACGCCACGCCCUUCGCCUUCUCCGAGGACAACUCGGCGCUGGACUACUUCGGCGAGAUGCUGCGGGCCGGCGGCUACAACUAUUACGGCACCGAGCGCCUCUACAGCGGCACCAGCGGCCUGGAGCUGGAGGCCGACAUCUUCGUCGGCGUGGUUUACUACCAGCGGCUGAGGCACAUGGUGUCCGACAAGUUCCAGGUGCGGACGACGGGCGCACGCGACAAGGUGACCAACCAGCCGGUGGGCGGCCGCAACAUCCAAGGCGGCAUUCGCUUCGGCGAGAUGGAGCGCGACGCCCUCCUGGCGCACGGCUCGUCCUUCCUGCUACACGACCGCCUCUUCAACUGCUCCGACCGCUCGGUGGCGCAGGUUUGCCUCGACUGCGGCAGUUUGCUGUCGCCGCUGCUGGAGCGGCCGCCGCCCACCUGGUCGUCCACGCGCCACCGCCGCACCGUCUGCGCGCUCUGCGGCAAGAGCGACUCGGUGGACUCGUUGUCCGUGCCGUACGUCUUCCGCUACUUCGUGGCCGAGCUCGCCGCCAUGAACAUCAAAGUCAAGUUGGAUGUCAAGUGAACUUACAUGAGGUUACUUAAGCGAACCACUUCCAUACACACUUCCCGAAAUAACACAUUUGCUCAUUAUGAUGUGAAGACACUGAUCAUGUAAAUGACUUCUCGCAAGAAUUGUCAACCAUAUUUUAACGACCACGUUUUUGGGGCAGAAGGGAAUGAUGUCCUGCUCUUUUUCAUGCAGUGCACACCAGCUUCGGAGAAAAGAACUAAACAUGUUUUGCCUGCAUCAUCUCCACUCAAAUGUACACAUCUAGUCAAAGUCAUCAAAACAUAUUGCACAGAGUUGAGGCAGAUGGCAGCGCGGUGCCGACAAAACCCAGAAAGUCCCACGAAAGAGCAAAACCUUGACCUUGGAGAGCGUCGGACGGAAAGAGCUCAGAAACAAUCGCACUCUUGUUAUAUAUGAUCGCCGUGGCAACAUUCUGGCGAGGGAUUAUCUUUCAAAUAUAUUUGUUGUCUAUUAAAAGUCUAAGCAUUUCCUUCCCCCCCUUUUCUUGAAAUGAAACUCAAACUGGUCAGAAGGUAACGCUCGGAUUUUCCGCCUCAGAGAACACGGAAGUGCUUCCGUGGAAGACGUGGCACUGACCCUGCGAGGGACGUGGCAUCUGUAAAGCUGACGAUUGAAACCACAAUUUGACCAAAGCUCUCUUGAAACCCUAACCCUCUCUUGAAACCCUAAUUUGUAAUCUUAAUCCUGUUUUGAAACACUACCUUGAAACCCAAACCCGGUGUUGAAACCUUAACCCCCGUCUUCAAACCCUAAUUUGAAACCCUAAUCCCCUUUAGAAACCUUAGUUUCAAAGCCUACUUUGAAACCUGUACCCAUUUUUGAAACCCUAAUCCCAUUUUGAAACCCUAACCGUUUUAAAACCUUCAUUUGCACUCUUAACGGCCGUAUUCCUAACCGUAACCAUGUUUUGAAACCCUAAUUUGAAAUCCCUUACCCCGUUUUGAAACUACUUUGAAACCCUAACCCUUUUUGGUACCCUAAUUUGAAACCCUAACCCUGUUUUGAAAGCCUAAAAUGCUCUGGAAACCCCAAUUUGAAAGCCUAAUACGAUUUGGAAACCGUAAAAUGCUCUUGAAACGCUAAUCUUGUUUUGAAACCCUAUGCACAUUUAUUGUGUCUGUUAUUUCUCCGUGAGGUCGACGCCAGGUCUUCUCUGUCGUCGGUCUACGGCAGUUUUCACUCCACAAACAUCAACGGUGACAUUUGUCUGGUUUUGUCUCAGCGUUUAUAUCGGCCAUUUUGUUGAUUUCAAUCUUACGGAGUGAACUCUAUGCGCUGCUUCCUUUUUCACUCAAUUCCUCAGCGGUCAUCAAAAGUAUGAAAUGGGCUCAUUUCCGUCACGUUAACGUAUCAGAAAACCUGAGCGUGAGGUUUGGAACAGUGGAAUGUUUUGGCAGGACCUGCUGAUGAUAAUAAUGUAAUGUAUAUUAUCAGCUGACAAUAUUCAGUGAUGGAAUUUUCUGAGCCAAUCAGAAUCGAACAUUCACCAAGACCGUGGUAGAAGACUGCGCGCUCAAACAAACAUUGUAGCUGUGCCUCCAAGCGUCUUUAAAAAAAAAAAAAAAAAAAAAAAAAAAAAAAACGGGCCAUGUUUUUAUUAUUUUAGAUCUAUGUAAUGUUUUGUUUUACAAAAUAGAGCUGUUGAAACGGUCUUGGAAAAAUGAUGAAAUCAAAUUCCAUACUUGCGUCGGAACCGUUAUUAAAAGUACAAACAAGUGUUGCCUCCGCUCAAAUGGACACCACACCCCAAGCCGUCAAGAGAGACGUGGCACCUGUAAAGCGGACGUUUCUGUUAUUGCUGCAUUUUGAAACUGGGAACAAGAACCAAACUUGGAGGAGAAUACGAUUUAGUGGCGCUUCUUCCAAUAGUGGCCUUUGCGCAAAUGUCCUCCAUAUCCCAAGUCAUCGUGGCGCCAGUUGUCCUUUUUCCACCUCAAAUUGUGUUUGUGAUUACCAUCACUCUAUAGAUGGGGCAUCUGUAAAGCUGAAACUCACGAACAUGGCUCUGUUUUUUUAUAUAUAUUUCCAUCAGGUUGGAAAAAAAAUAUUUCCUCCAAUCGUGGCCUUUUCUGGAAUGCAUGCCAUGUAAAGCUUUUAUUUGUUUAACAGCAUUUGAAAGAAAAAGUACUGCACAACCAAAAUCUAAACAAAACAAUAACAAAUUACUUCAUUUUUAUUUUUUUCCAACGGCACCUUAGCAGUAAUACACACCUGGUGCUUUACUGUAUUUGAGUACUGCCACUAUAUGAGAAGAUCCACUUUUUAGUCACUUAAAGACAAUUUAAAAAACAA